AUGAAUGUGAACCGAGACCAGGUGCAGACUGGUGACAUCUCCUUACCCUCUCCAGCGGUGCCGGAGCCCGUGUCCUGUAACCCGCACAAGGAAGGGAUGGAGGUGAGUGGGGACCAGAGACUCCCAGACAGUGAUCCCGCCGCCUUCUCCUGCCCCGACAGCCGGGAGAGACGGGGGGGGGACACGCAAGCCAUCUCUGGCCCGGAGGCGGGGGUGGCCGUCCCCGCUCCGACCUGCAACAGGACCACUCCUUUCUCAGUCUUGGACAUUUUGGACCCGAACAAAUUUAACAGCGGCAAACGGCGCCCGCAGUGUGGCGUCCCCCGCAGAGCCGGCGGCGACCACCCGGCCCCGGGGGCCGGGGACAGGGCUGGUGGGGACCCCGCGUUUAGUGCCACUGCAGAGCACACAGCCAUCGGCCACAGCGCUCUGGAGCCGCGCAAGAAACAGUCUGACCCGAUCAGUCAGCAGCAGCAGCAGCAGCCCCCGCCGCCGCCGCCGCCGAGCCCGGCACAGCAGCAACACAAGAGCAAGAGGAAGCGGAGCGGCGCGGACGCCAAGUCGGGCAAACCCCGCCGGGCCCGCACCGCCUUCACCUACGAGCAGCUGGUGGCCCUGGAGAACAAGUUCAAGUCCACCCGCUACCUGUCGGUGUGCGAGCGGCUGAACCUGGCGCUGUCCCUCAGCCUGACCGAGACCCAGGUCAAGAUCUGGUUCCAGAACCGCAGGACCAAGUGGAAGAAGCAGAACCCGGGGGCCGACACCAGCGCUCCCACCGCAGGGGGCGGGGGGGGAGGCUCCGGGGGAGGGCUGGGACCCCCUCCCAUGGCCAGUCUCAGCCCCGUCAGCUCCUCCCCUCCCCUGGGAGGCCCGCUGUCCAUGCACUCUUACCCCGGGGCAGGGCUGGUGUGCACGGCUCAGCUGCCCUUCCUCUCCUCGCCGGCCGUCCUCUCGCCCUUCAUGCUCACCUCGCAGCCCUACGGGGCGCCCGCUUUUUACGCACCGCACUUAUAA